AUGCUUGCGGAGGUGCCGGUGGAGGAGGUGCUCAGCCCCACGCCGGAUGGAUUUGUGGAGGAGGUGCUCAGCACCACGCCGGACGGAUUCGUGGAGGAGGUGCCCAGCACCACAUCGGAUGGGUUCGUGGAGGAGCCUGAGGAGCUGUGCAGCAGGAAACCUUUUGAUGCCUUCACUGACCUGAAGAACGGUUCCCUUUACGCUUUCCGAGGGAAGUACUUCUACGAGCUGGACGAGACGAGCGUGCGGCCCGGCUACCCCAAGCUCAUCAGCGAUGUCUGGGGCAUCGCCCAACCCCUGACCCCCUCUCUGUCCCACACCCCCCAGGGCAGCCAGUACUGGCGCUUUGACGAUGGAGCCCUCGACCCCGGGUACCCACGCGACAUCUCCGAGGGCUUUGAAGGCAUCCCGAACAACAUCGACGCGGCCUUCGCCCUCCCUGCGCACAGCUACCACGGCAAUGAGAGAGUCUAUUUCUUCAAGGACAAGUACUACUGGUCCUACGACUUCGCCCACCAGCCCACGCAGGCCGACUGCGAGAAGUCCUCCCCCUCGGCUGUGUUCAACCACUACGCCUUCAUGAACCGGGACAGCUGGGAGGACGUCUUCCAGCUCCUCUUCGGUGGCAGGAUGAGUAAGGGCUGGGCCAGCCCCAGGGGAAAGGGCCAGCGUGGAGGGGGUAUUCCUGGCCGCCAACGCAAGAGGUACAAGAGCCACCGGUCACUGAACUUGGGUUUCUGGAGCUGGCUGCAAAAUGCCUCUGACUCUGCGGGCGUUGAAAGCGACUGGCUGUCGGGCUCCCAGUGUGAGACCCUCCAGAGUGUCUACUUCUUUGUAGGAG